UGGGCGUCCGGGUGCGCUAUUUAAGAGCUGACGGACCCCCUGAAGCAUAUUAAUGCCAUAAUGACACACAAGGAAUAUUGAUUUAUGGUUUAUUUUUUAAAUCCGCAGGCAACAGGUUUGCAUUUCAUUACAUUGGAUUUUGCGCUGAUCGGGUUUUCGAGAUAGAUCGCAAAUUUCCGGAAAGACAUGAAAGUAGAGGGUUACUGUUGCAUUUUAUUGAUCGUGUUAAAUAUUGCAGUGCCCCCUGUGAAACUUUUAAACGAAGACGAGUCCAACUUCUUUGGCAAUGUCUUAGAGCCCUUGACGGACCUGUUCAACCAGGAGAGGCAAACCGAGGACAGUAACCACACAGAAGCUAACCCGACCCACACCAAGUUCUCCGUACGCAGCCCCGGGUCCCCCCACGAAGACGAGUGCUACGUAGAAGUCGGGAAUGCAGCCUCAUUGCACAAAUGCAGGUUCAACGCCACCUCGAGAACCUUCCUGGUCAUCCACGGAUGGACGGUGAGCGGCAUGCUGGCAAGCUGGGUCCCCAAGCUGGUGUCAGCUCUGUUCGAGAGAGAGGCAGACGCCAACGUCAUCGUGGUGGACUGGCUCAGUAGGGCCCAUAACCACUACUUCACCUCAGCCCAGGACACGGAGCUCGUGGGCCAAGAUGUAGCCCGUCUUAUUGACUGGAUCAUGGAGAAGACGGGUGCUUCAGCAGAGAACCUUCACCUCAUUGGCUACAGCCUUGGGGCCCAUGUCGCGGGGUUCGCUGGCAGCAAUACCUCCAGGAAGAUCGGCAGGAUAACUGGUUUGGAUCCAGCCGGUCCAGUCUUCGAGGGGGCCCAUGCUGACCAGCGCCUCUCCCCCGAUGACGCUCACUUCGUAGAUGUGGUCCACACCUUUACACGUGCAUCCUUGGGUCUCAGCAUCGGCAUCCAGAGGCCCGUGGGCCACCUGGAUGUCUACCCCAAUGGGGGGACCUCUCAGCCAGGUUGUGACCUGCGCAGAGCCCUGGAAGAGAUGGCCCAGUUCAGCUUGGCGGACUGGCCCUCAGCCAUGAGCGUGGCGGUCCAGUGCGAGCACGAGCGCUCCGUGCACCUCUUCAUUGAUUCACUGCUGAACGGCGACACCGUGGGCCAGGCUUACCGCUGCGGCACCAGCGACAUGUUUGACCGCGGCAUCUGCCUCAGCUGCAACAAGGGCCGCUGCAGCCGCGUGGGCUACGACGCACGGAGGGUCCGCCACGCACGCGACCGCAGGAUGUUCACCAGGACGCGCUCCUCUAUGCCAUUCCGAGUUUAUCAUUAUCAGCUGAAGAUUCACUUCUCCUGUAAGCAGACCUGCCCCGAGCUGGAGCCCUCACUCACGGUUUCUGUGUAUGGGACCAAAGGGGAUGCUGAGAAUCUCCAGCUGCUCGUCUUGGACAAGAUCAUGGCCAAUAGGACCCACUCAUUCCUGCUGGUGACUGAGGAAGACCUGGGAGACCUGCUGAUGAUGACAUUUAAGCUGGAGGAGACCGGUGGCUGGUCCACCUCCUCCCUGAUGAAGAUGGUAUCCUCAUGGUGGUCCGGCGAUGAUGCCGACAGCUCCCGCAUAAUGGUCCGCAAGAUCCGUGUAAAAGCCGGCGAGACCCAGAAGAAGUUGGUUUUCUGCAUGAAAGACUCUCAGCCUCUAAAUCUGGCUAAAGAAGUAACCUUUGUCAAAUGUGAAGAUGGUUGGAAAGCAAGCUCAAGAAGACGCCGCAUCCGGAGAGAUUGAGACAAAACUCAUCCCAGAAACCGCUCCUUAGAUGCUUCUUGUUUACGCUUUGGCCCAGAAACACUGCACUCACAGCUCCGCAUUGUAGCCGCAGCUGUGUGUAAAUGCACGCAUGUGUUUGAAUGUCAAACCAUAAGUGGGAGAAUCUAUGAACUGGGAGCUAUGCUGAAGUGGCCAGAGAUGGGAGAGAACAGCUUCAGAGAGGAGUCUGUGCUGUUUGGAGUCAGUCAGACUGACUCUCUUCUGCUUAAUGGGUUCCCAACUCAGAGGAGAACACGAGGAUGAUUUCCAUACCACAGCCCAUCUGAGGGGUCACUAAAUUCACAGCGCUCACUCUCCAAGGUGUUAUAACAGAAUAAUCGCGCACAAAUGUAUAGAUGGAGGUUAUGUACCAAUUGAGAGUGAACUAGCCUAAGGACUAGUGUGGGCUAAAGAGCUGGAUUCAUCACCGAGAAGCAGGCAUGUAAUCCCAAGGUCCUGCUCUUGUACCCUAAGGUUUGUUGGUCCGGGCCACAAUUCACACAAAGCUGUCCGAGCUGUGACCGGCAAGGCGACUGCAUUCAGAUAAGCCCCACUUUGAGUGUGUCUUUGUGUAUAAUCUGUCAGAUUGACUUAAUUAUCAGAGCUUUAAAAUGAAUGAUGUACAGUAUGUAUAAAGGUGAAUAUACUAUAUAUGCAGAUUCAUAUUUAUCUGGUGUCACUGUAUAUUCUGUAUAUAAGACAUAAAUAACUUCCGAGUGACAAUAACUUAUAUGAAUGUAUAUCUUGUAUAUAUAACAAAUAAAUAUGACGUUU